GUGGCAGAGUCCGUGUUCUCCAGCGCCCUUUUUGCCCUGGCCAGAGGGAGGCCUCUGGAGCACGUGGAUGCCACUGAUCAGCUGUUCAGUGGUGUCCGGGAGCAGCAACGGCCGGCGGGCCCAUUCUGGGCUGCCCGCAACACCACCUCAGAGCCUGUGUUCGCCGGUGCCCUUUUUUCCCUGGCUGGAGGGAGGCCUCUGGAGCACGUUUCUCUGCCAAUCAGCUGUUUGGUGGCGUCUGGGAGCAGCAAAGGCUGCAGACCUAUUGUGGAGAAGGCGGGAAAGCAUGCCGAGCAGUGCCUCUGCUUCCGCUGUCCCCAGCUACCUCUCGCCGGCCACCAACAACAGAGAGACCGGCAUACCCACAACCCCCACUCGCCUAAGAACCUACACUCCACUUCCCAUUCACUCCAUGACACGUUAUGGAGUGUUAUGCACUGUUUCAUUACUUGUGGAAACUGGCAGGAAUGGAACCCUCGCUGAUAAUGAGUGGUUUCAUGUAGAUGUUAAACAACAUCAGAGACAAUAUGGAGCCCUGAUGGACACCAUCGGAAAGUUCAGAUUUGGAAGAACAACAGUCUCCAAGAGACACCAUCUGGAAUCUGCCCGUGAGGUAGGAGCAGUACCACUGCGAAGCGGUGCCUCCCACCCCCAAUCCCCUCAGAUGUUCCAGAAGGAUACUAUGACCAAUAGUAUCGAAAGCUCCUGAGAGAUCCAAAAGGACCAACAGAGUCACUCUCCAUAAUAAAUGAAAUUUAUUAUUCAUUUACGAUAUAUUGGACAGACUAAUGACAGACACCCACUUUUUAAAAGCAUGGUGCUCAUCCUUACCUGAUGGAGCAUUCUGAUAAAUUAGGAGGUUUGGAUGGUACAAAACCUUUGCCUGUCCAGAUGAAACACCAUUCACAGUGAGCUGAAAUACAGAUCUGAGCUACUCUUCUGAAACUUUCUGCUGUCUGCUUUUGUUAUCUCAGAAGUAUUUCUGGAGCUUAUGCUUUGGAAGCCAGCCAGCUCUGGGUAAAUAAAUAAGCCCCAGGAGAAAUGGUUCAUGUUGAUAUUGUGGUCAGGAAUGUUUGGCUGCUAAAUCUUUUUAAAGAUCUUUAAAAGUUUAGAUUUUGAUCUACUGAAGAUACAAAAGAAAAGGAAUAAGAGAUUAGAAAAAGGCAAGCAAUACAGUUAGUUUAAAUGAGGUAUUCUCUCUGUGACUAAUGUCAUUUGGUCUAAUUCAUUAAAAGACAUGGGAAGAGAUUUGUUGAUGGAGGACUAUU